AUGCUGAUCAAAUGUAGGUCGAAAGAACUGUAUUGUGAGUAUGUGCACGUGAAGCAGGGUCAAAUAGCACGUCUCCCAUGCGCAGGGCUACCCGACGUUGUUCCUGGGCCUGCUGAGAUAUGCUUUAUAAAAAGCGGUUCAGAAUCUGAUGGAUGUCUCAGCGACAAAGUCGACUCGAAUUACUUGUCAACGGCUACUGGAAUGCAGAUUUCUUUAGUGCAACCGCAUCAUGCAGGUGAAUACUACUGUGUGGUACGCAAUGAAUACACAAAACAGUCGCGCAAAAGUCCACGCUACGUGAAGUUACGGGUUGAUAUAGCAGAAAACAGCACACCGUCUGGUCAGCUCGAUCUGCCGCAGCUGGUGUAUCCUAGUAGAGAGAAUCGUCCUGAUAGUCCUAUAACGGUGGACGUAGUUGCCGGUCAAGACAUCAUCUUAGAAUGCGUGUUCGUGGAUGCUAGGGUGGUGUGGAUAAAGCAUGGAGACUUCACCCCACAAAUAUCGUCAAUUGAUGAUGAUGCGAGACUUCGGCAAAUAUGGGGCAAUCUGCAGAUUCGUCAGUCCACUCAAGAAGAUUCCGGCAUGUACUCGUGUCAUGGCAUGUCACCUUUUGAUGGGUCAUUGCUGCAGCACGAUGAUCAUCCAAAGGUGUACUAUUCACUGUUCGUUCACUCGCCAACCGAUGUUCACCUAGAGAUGAAUCAAAACAUCCGCGAUAAAAGUUGGCAAUUGUCUUGUUUGGCGAAGAACGUGCGAUAUGAAAUCCCAAUGGUUCAUGUUGAUGGUACCGCUUUGAUUGAUGCAAUCAGUCACAUAGGAACGGCUUCAUCAACAAAUUUCUUUAGCAAUCCAGUCAAUGCUACUAUUCUCAUUAAGAGCAACUACAGUGGAAGUGUACAGGUAGGACCGCUUUCAUACUCCGCGACCGUGGACAAUCAAAGAAUGUGCACAAAGUGA